AUGGCUCAGGUACUCGCGCCCAUCGUUCAAACAUCCGGCUCCAUUACGAUGCUACAUUCUUCCUCCGAUGCCUUCCAGAACCAGCCGGCACAGCCUCACCACCAACAGCAACGAUCGUCGCAGAUGCCACGGGGCCAGGCGUACAAUUCUCAGUCUGGAGGAGCGGGAUACAGGGGCACGUCUGCACCGAUAGCACCGUACGCCUUCUCCAGCACGCCGCAGCUACGGCAGGAGAGCAGGUCCUCGUCGGCGCCGAACCAGCAGACGCCCCAGCAUUUUGGUCCGCCGGCCAAUCCCCCUCGGCUGGGCCAUCCCUCGCACCCCUCGUCUUCAUCCGACUCGACCGUGUCCACCUCGGGCUCGUCAAGUCGCUCGCUUGUUGCUCCAGCAUUCCCCUCCAAGGAUGACAGCGACCUCAGGAAGUCUGCCGUCGACAACUUCCCCGCCUCGAUCACGCUUUCCACCUCCGUUCCGGACCUCUCUUUUUCUCUGUCAGAUGCUCCCGUGAAGCCUUCACCAGGCAGAUAUCGUCGAGGUGCGGGUAGGACCGACUCCAACAAUAGUGGGACGGCUUCCUCGUCCACGCCCACCCCGACCCAACAAUCGCCAUCAAUUGGUGCGUCCGCUUUUUCGGGCGCAGCGCGACAUAAUAAUGUUCCUCCAUUGAAUGUGUCAGAUCUACCUCUGCCUGUGAGACCGGGCCACCACCGGGCUAGCAGCGUAGACGACAUGCAGAUUUCGCGAGGCGGCUCGACGGAUCCGGCGAAGCGAUAUAGAAGACGCAGCCUCAGCGGCUUAGAUGCGAAUACCAUGGCGUCUGGUCCAGCUCUCCUCGCUCCUGUUCCUAAGGCUCCAGUAACGUCUACGAAGCGAACAACUCAAGAGCUGCGACCGCAAUCAAGCUCGAGCCGCCAUGGGAGCCGGCCCAGUUCGAGCCAAAGCCACGAGAGGCAAGGCAGCUCAGGUAGUGUCUCUUCAAACGCCUCCAACAGGCCUUCUUCCCGUCAGGAGUCGACAUCCCUCCGCAAUUCUGCAAUGGCACCCGCUACAUCUGCAUCAAAAGCGCCAGAGCCGGCCCGACGCAUCGCUCCCUCCCCGCUGUCGAAUCCGAUGUCGCCUUCUGAGCCUCCGAGCCCGGCUAAGCCGACUGCUCCAAGCCCAGCGGUGAAGCAGCUCACGGCAUUGAACGAUAAAGAAGGAGGCAAAGGCAUGAAGUCACGCUUGCGCCGAGCCUUCUCUUUUGGCAGUGCUGCAGAGCUUCGUCGUGCCUCUGCCGAGAAUAAUCUCUCUGCCGAGCGGGCUAAGCUGAGGAAAGAAAGAUACCAAAGUGAGGAAGAUGCAGAACAGGCGGCCAUUGUUGCGAAGCAAGAGGCUGCGGGCAUCGGUGCUGGCAUUUAUUCUGGACAAGGCGGGUUCGCCGGCUCUACUGACAACCUGUCCAUCUCGUCGACAGCGUCCUCGGCGUCAAUCAUGCUGAGGAAGAUGGGCAGCGGAAUGAAGAAGGGCACCAGAUCCAUCAAGGGACUCUUCAGACCCAAGUCGGUUAUCGGGGUACCUGCUGCAGACGGACCCGUCACGAAGGCUAGCGUGGGCCAGGUGUCCAUGGUCACUGUAGAGGCAGAGCGACAGAAGGUGAACGUGAACGCUGAUCCCCACGAUCAAACGGGUGGGGGAACAGGAUUUCCCAGGUUGGAGCGCAAUUCUCUUGAUGCCGGUCGCAGUGCAGACGCCAAUGGCGCUGCAGUUGCUGCAGCGGAGUCAAUGCCUCGAAAGAGCAUUAUUGGUGGAGACCGGGAGCGUGCUGAAGUGCUUUCAUCCAUUAAGAAGGGCAUCCUCAAACGCUCAGCAACUAGCUCGGACACUCCUUCGCACAUUACUCAUCCCACAGAGAUGCCCAACCCGAACGACUCUCCGAGAUCAAGCGCGCCUAGUACUCCGAACAACGACCGGCCACAGCCCGGGCCGUCCCAUGUCAACGGAGAUGACUACUUCGCGAGGCCGGCCCGUCUUGCCAACCCGAGCACCAGAAGCCUCCCGAAUACACCUCAUGGGGGCCUGAGGAAUAUCUCAUUCAGCCCUCGCAUCCAAUUCUACGAUGCGUGGUCAGCAUCCGACUAUGAUCGACGUGGAGAGAUAGCGACGUGCAACAGACUCACGCCUAUGCUCGCCCAACAGAUUAAGGAAGAGCUCAACUCCUUCAAAAUGGAGAUGGAGGUACACGAGCUAUCCAAACCCCACACCCAUUUCUUCUAA